AUGGCAUACGAAGGCGGCUAUGGUGGCCAACAGCGACCUUACGGGGGCCAAGCACCGCCUAGGCAUGCCCCGCGGCAACAAGUCAAUGCGCCGCCACAACAGUAUGGAGCAUCACAACAGUAUGACGAGUAUCACCAAGACUAUGGUUAUGGCUCUGGACAGGAUUUUGGAGGCCAACGUCAAGAUCAGAAUUAUGGGAGAGGACCACCUCCACAAGACCAAUAUGGGCGUGGUGGUAGCGUGAUACCCGGUCCUCGCGGAGGGCCCAUUCCUCGUCCGCAGACAGCUGAUCCGCAUCGUGGGCAACAGCGCCCUCCUCGAGGAGGUCCAAUGCCAGGAGCAGCCAGAGGCAUUCCUAAUGGACACCCUGGGCAAGGUGGAAUACGUCCAGGACCAUAUGCGUCGAAUUCGGAUCCUGCAGCUCGCCGCCAUCCUAUGAACACGCCUCCCAUGAGUCCUCGAGACGGGCAUUUCGGACACAAGCACGUGUCACAAGAGCGUGGACGAAGGCCAGACAUUCCCUAUGAGCAGCAGAUGGUCGAUCAAAUGUCGAAUAUGGAUAUGAACCAGAGACCGAUGGUGCCAACUAAUGGGCGUACCAGUUCGGAUGCCCAACGCAGUCAGGGCGAAUAUGGAAGACCGCCAGUGAAUGCGGGCCGCGGACCCCCUCCGAGAGGUUAUCCUCAAGGGGGUCCUCCACGGCAAUAUCCAGGCUACGGAGCCCCGGAUGGUUAUGGAAAUUAUAACGAUGGAUAUAACGGCGCCCAAGAGCCUCCUGCAGGUGGCUUUGGCCCACCGGCACGAAGCAGAACGAUGCCUGUGGAUGACAUGCGACAAAGAGGCAACAUGCCACCACCCAAACGGACGGACGCAAUGCAAUAUAGCACCCCCGCUGGCCGAGGGAUACCACACAGACCUUCGACUGCUGGCGGUCACCGGGCACCUCCCCAAAGGUCGUACACAGCUGGGCCACAAGCAGGCCCGGGAGGCCACUAUAGUGGGGAGUAUGAUGACCAAAACACAUACCAUAAACCAUCGACAGCUUCUUAUGACGAAGUUUACGAUGCCUAUUUCGACAAUCAACGUAACAGCCACCCUGAAUACGAACCAGAAUCCCAGCACAACCGAGUCAGCCUGCCGGACUUCGAUGCUGCACCAGCUCCAGGGCAACGAAGUUCGUUCGAACAGUCAAUGCGCCCUAGCAAUGAACAGCCUCAGCGAGGAGCCCACCAAACAGCUGUCCUUAAUCACGCCAAGUCACAACCAGUCCUUCGUCAACCUCAAACAGCCGUGUUUGAGAUGGCUGGCGAUGUGCCAGACGUCCCCGCAGUCCCACCAGUUCCACCGAUGAGCAACUACCAGGCUGCGUAUGAUCAGGAUUAUAACCAAAUACCGGCUAGAGGACCUAGUGCACCAGAAGCUAUGAAUGGUGCUCGUACUAGUGGACCCAUGAAUCCGGAUGGUCUUCCUUCACAUCCCGCUCCUAUCCGUCCGGGUCUCAUGCAAGAUUCAAUGGUUCAUCUGGGUAACAAGCCAGCUCCUAUCCGAAACUACGGAGUCUCUACGCCAGCCCCUCAGCCGCCGCCGCAACCGCAACCACAACCUCAGGCUCAGCCACGACAACCUCAGUAUCAACAGCAGCAACGGUCGCCACCUAGGAACAACAGUCAACGGCAGCCGGCCAGGGACGAAGGCCCUGUUACCACACAAGAACUAGAACAUCUCAGAAUGCUGAUCAAGAACAACUCGAGUGACCAGGACUCAGCAUUGAGACUGGCCAAGAAGUUGGUCGAAGCUGCUGACGUCUUGGCACCUAAGAUGCCAGACCCUAAACAACGUACAAGGGCACGCGAGCGUUAUCUUAUCGAUUGUCAUAAGAUUCUUAAAAAGCUGGCUAAUGCCCAGAAUCCAGACGCCAUGUUCCUCCUGGCAGAUUGUCUCGGACGAGGUCUCUUCGGUGAUAGUGAUCAUAAGGAAGCUUUCACUCAGUACCAGUCUGCUGCAAAACUUGGACAUCCUGCAGCAGCUUAUCGAACUGCAGUGUGCUGCGAGAUUGGCCAUGAGGAAGGAGGUGGUACACGUAAGGACCCAAUGAAAGCAAUUCAGUGGUACAAACGUGCUGCCACUUUGGGCGAUCCUCCAGCAAUGUACAAGGUUGGGAUGAUCUUACUGAAAGGGCUUCUUGGUCAGCCCAAGAAUCCCAGGGAAGCAGUGGGAUGGCUGAAGCGGGCUGCAGAGCGAGCAGAUGGAGAGAAUCCACACGCACUACACGAACUCGGCUUGUUAUACGAAUCAGCCCAACCCAACGAUGCUAUCAUUCGAGAUGAAGCAUAUGCAUACAGUCUGUUCCUUCAAGCUGCUGACCUGGGAUACAAGUUCUCACAGUAUCGACUUGGAUGUGCUUUUGAAUAUGGAUUGCUGGGCUGUCCGAUCGACCCUCGUCAGUCCAUUCAAUGGUACUCAAAAGCUGCCACACAAGAGGAGCACCAGGCAGAGCUUGCACUCAGUGGCUGGUAUCUCACAGGCAGUGAAGGUGUACUAGGGCAGAGUGACACCGAGGCCUACCUUUGGGCCCGCAAGGCUGCCAUUGCAGGCCUUGCUAAGGCCGAAUAUGCCAUGGGUUACUUCACAGAAGUAGGUAUCGGCGUCCCCCCAAAUCUGGAGGAUGCAAAGCGAUGGUAUUGGCGAGCAGCCGCCCAAGAUUUCCCGAAGGCUCGUGAGCGCUUAGAGGAUCUAAAGCGUGGUGCAGGCAAGAACGGCGCGCGUCAGCGUGAGCGCAUUUCCCGUAGCAAGAUGGAGAGACAACAAGAAGGUGAUUGUGUUCUCAUGUAA